AUGGCCAUCAAAGAGAUGGGCGAAACCCACUCUGUUCAUUCUAAUGUAAACCUCCACCAGCCCGAGUCGGGUGAACCAAAGGUCAUCGUAGAACAUCUGAAAGACGGGCUCACUGAGACCAUCCAUGAGAAGCUCAAGGAAUGUUGCGCGGUCAAGGAAGUCAAUCCGCUUGUUUUCGUGUCUCGAGAACAACUCAUCCAAGAUGUCGAGGACUUUGCGAGUGAGGCGGACAUGAUUGAUCUGUUGCCCAUCUUGACCAAGGGUGCACUCGUGGCUAAAACUCCGGAAUUGUUUCAAGAUGUGGAAGGGCUCAGCAGCGACGAGGUGGAAAUCCUGAAAACCGAAGUCACUCAUCGAUGGAAACUCUCCAAAGGCCUCUAUUUUACAGUCAUUCUCAACUGUAUCUCGGCUGCCAUCCAAGGAUGGGACCAGACCGGUGCAAACGGUGCCAACCUCUCCUUCCCGCAGGCGUUUGGUAUUGCCGAUAGCGGGGCUGAAUGUGAAGCGGCCGGAAAUUGCGGCAGUAAUAGCUGGCUGAUCGGCUUCAUCAACUGUUGCCCCUAUGCAGCCAUUGCCAUCAUAGCGGUGUGGGCCAGCGAUCCGCUCAACACCCUCUUUGGGCGAAGAGGUACCAUCUUCUUCGCGGCCAUAUUCAGCCUGCUCGCCCCAAUCGGCUCGGCCGUAGCACAGGACUGGCCUCAGCUGGCCGUCUGUCGACUGCUACUCGGGAUUGGCAUGGGGCUGAAGGAAGUGACCGUGCCUCGCUUCUCGACUGAGAUUGCCCCGACCAGCGUCCGGGGCGGGCUCACCAUGACCUGGCAGAUCUGGAACUGCAUGGGAGGAGUGUUCGGGUCUGCGGCCAACUUGAUCCUCUAUCGCAUUGGCCCGAUUUCGUGGCGUCUGCAAUUCGGAUCGGCUUUUAUCCCUGCUGUUCCUCUGCUCCUGGGAAUUUGGUUCUGUCCCGAGUCACCUCGUUGGUACAUGAAGAAAGGCAGAUACAGGGACGCUUACAAGUCCCUGCUCCGGCUUCGAAACGGUCCGAUCCAGGCUGCACGGGAUCUGUACUACAUCCAUGUCCAAAUGAAACAGGAGGAGUUUUUGAUCCGUGAGAGCGAGUGGACAAAGGCCGACAACAUGCUGACCCGAUUCACUGAGCUCUGGACCAUCCCUCGAGUCCGGCGAGCCACCCAGGCCGCCAGCAUUCUGAUGAUUGCUCAACAAAUGUCUGGCAUCAAUAUCAUGGGCUUCUAUUCCGCCACCGUCUUCACACAGGCCGGAAGCUCUGUGCGCGAUUCCCUCCUUGUGUCCUGGGGUUUUAACAUGGUGGCGGGCGCCUUCACCGCCCCCUCUCUGUGGAUGAUUGACCGCCUGGGCAGACGUACUCUGUUACUGUCGACGUUUCCCAACAUGUUCUGGACCCUGUUGGCCGCUGGAUUCUGCUUCUACAUCCCUAUCACGAGCGAAGCCCAUUUGGGCCUGAUCGCCUUCUUCGUCUUCCUCUUCACCGCCUUCUACAGUCUAGGCGAAGGCUGUUGCGCGUUUGCCUACUCUGCCGAAGUCUUCCCCAUCACUCAUGCCGAGGUGGGAAUGUCGUGGGCUGUUGCCACCAACAAUUUCUGGGCCACCGCACUCUCGCUGACCUUUCCGCGAAUGCUGACCGUCAUGGGGCCCACGGGCGCUUUCGGAUUCUACGCAGGAUUGAACAUCAUUGCCAUGAUCUUUAUCUUCCUCGCCUGCCCCGAGACCAAGAUGCGGUCGUUGGAGGAACUGGAUAUGGUCUUCUCCAUCCGGUCGAGAACUUAUGCAAAGUGGCAAGUGUCCAAGGUCCUGCCCUGGUGGAUCAAGCGUCGCAUCUUGUUCCAAGACGUGGGACCUUAA